UACUCCUGCCCUCGUCAGAAGAACUGUUUGAUUGACAGGACCAGCAGAAACCGCUGCCAACACUGUAGACUGCAGAAAUGCCUGACCGUGGGCAUGUCACGGGACGCGGUGAAGUUUGGCCGUAUGUCCAAGAAGCAGAGAGACAGCCUGUAUGCUGAGGUCCAGAAGCACCGUCUCCAGCAGGCCCAGCAGCUGCAGAGAGACCACCAUCCCCAGAACCCGGGGGAGGUCGAGCCUCUCUCUCCCCACUACGGCCUCACCGACCUCCACGAAGACCUGGGAGGGUACAUGGAGGAAAACAGCCCUGGGGGGGGUAACGGCCCAGCCUCCAAGGGGGGCUCUGAUUCGGGAGGAGUGGGGGGGUUCUACCUGGACAUUCAGCCGUCUCCUGAUCAGUCUGGUCUGGAUAUUAACGGUAUAAAACCGGAGCCUCUUUGUGAUUAUGGUUCCAACCAGGGUUUCUUCCCCUACUGCUCCUUCACCAACGGAGAGACGUCUCCCUCAGUAUCUAUGGCUGAGCUAGAACACCUAGGCCAGAACAUCUCCAAGUCCCACCAGGAGACGUGUCAGUACCUGAGGGAGGAGCUACAGAGCAUGACCUGGCAGGCCUUCCUCCAGGAGGAGAUAGAGACCUACCAGACGAAGCCGGAGGAGGUGAUGUGGCAGCUGUGUGCCAUCAAGAUAACGGAGGCCAUCCAGUACGUGGUGGAGUUCGCCAAACGCAUCGACGGCUUCAUGGAGCUCUGUCAGAACGACCAGAUAGUGUUGCUCAAAGCAGGGUCUCUUGAGGUGGUGUUCAUCAGGAUGUGUCGUGCCUUUGACUCUCAGAACAGCACCGUCUACUUUGAUGGGAAGUACGCUGGGACCGACGUCUUCAAAGCAUUAGGUUGUGACGAUCUGAUUCGUUUAGUCUUUGAGUUUGGGAAGAGCAUGUCUGUCAUCCAUCUCUCUGAGGAGGAGAUCGCUCUCUUCUCAGCGUACGUCCUGAUGUCUGCAGAUCGGACGUGGCUUCAGGAGAAGGCGAAGGUAGAGAAGCUGCAACAGAAGAUCCAGCUGGCUCUCCAACAUGUCCUUCAGAAGAACGGCAGAGAAGAUGUGGUUCUCACUAAGUUGAUAUGCAAAGUGUCGACCCUGCGGGCGCUAGUCAGCCGGCACACAGAGAAGCUGACGGCCUUCAAAGCAACCUACCCAGACAUUGUCCAAGCCCACUUCCCUCCACUAUACAAGGAGCUGUUUGGCUCAGACUUUGACCAGGGCUCCAUGUCCAUAGACGGCUAGCCGAGGGCCCGUCGGUAACCUACCGUACUGUAUCUGCCCUGUACUGUAGUUUACGUCAUGGAGCCAGUGUUGAUCUUUGGGAGACAGAGAGACACGUUGAAUGAGAGACACUCAGACAGUGGCUUGGUCCUGGCCCUAACUUGCUCUUACCUGGACAGACACCCGACAUUUCUCUGUUCAUGUUCGUCAGUCUUCUCCUCUGUGUCCUCCUGGAUCAUGAGUUGGUUGGGAGGUUUCUGGGAGGAAAAAAAACAUUUAAGCACUUAGAAAACCAACAGCCUUUCCUCACACAACAACAAACCUAUUGGGAUGGGGAGAUGAUUUAGUGACAACACUUACCUGUGGACAACGGUGUGUUGGAGAGAGGAUUUAGUCACAACACUUACCUAUGGACAACGGUGUGAUGGGGAGAGGAUUUAGUCACAACACCUACCUAUGGACAACGGUGUGAUGGGGAGAGGAUUUAGUCACAACACCUACCUAUGGAGACGAUUUAGUCACAACACCUACCUGUGGACAACGGUGUGUUGGAGAGAGGAUUUAGUCACAACACUUACCUAUGGACAACGGUGUGAUGGGGAGAGGAUUUAGUCACAACACCUACCUGUGGACAACGGUGUUAUGGGGAGAGGAUUUAGUCACAACACCUACCUAUGGAGAGGAUUUAGUCACAACACCUACCUGUGGACAACGGUGUGAUGGGGAGAGGAUUUAGUCACAACACCUACCUAUGGACAAUGUUGUGAUGGGGAGAGGAUUUAGUCACAACACCUACCUAUGGAGAGGAUUUAGUCACCUUCCCUACCUAUGGACAACAGUGUGAUGGGGAGAGGAUUUAGUCACAACACCUACCUAUGGACAACGGUGUGAUGGGGAGAGGAUUUAGUUACAACACCAACCUAUGGACAACGGUGUGAUGGAGAGAGGAUUUAGUGACAACACCUACCUAUGAACAACGGUGUGAUGGGGAGAGGAUUUUGUCACAACACCUACCUGUGGACAACGGUGUGAUGGGAAAAUGAUUUAGUCACAACACCGACCUAUGGACAACGGUGUGAUGGGGUGUUGGUGUGGAGUACUGCACCCCAUCAGUUAACAUCACCUUCAAAGCCAUCUGCUAUUAAACCUUCACAACAGGAAGAGGAAGUCACCACCACAACAAUAACAGGGUUAUGUCACAAAGUGCACCCUAUUCCCUACGCAGUGCACUACUUAAAAAAAAGGGGAUCUGGUUAAAAGUAGUGCCUUAUAUAGGGAAUAGGGUGGCGUUUGGGACGCAGAUCAAGGUGUCCCAUUCCACCUCUUUCCGAUGUCCUACAGGGUGUUUCCAUGCUCAUAAUAAGUACAUACUAUAUUGGGAAAUUAAUCGAUGUUUUACAAUCUAUUCGUGUUGUAGCUUGUAUCUCUCCCAUUUGUUCCAAUUGACGAGCCACUUUUACUGACACUUGUCUCUGAGUUUAUGAAUGAAUCGUGUAUUGUCCACACCUGUCUCUGAGUUUAUGAAUGAAUCGUGUAUUGUCCACACCAGUCUCUGAGUUUAUGAAUGAAUCGUGUAUUGUCCACAAUUGUCUCUGAGUUUAUGAAUGAAUCGUGUAUUGUCCACACCUGUCUCUGAGUUAAUGAAUGAAUCGUGUAUUGUCCACACCUGUGUCUGAGUUAAUUAAUGAAUCGUGUAUUGUCCACACCUGUCUCUGAGUUAAUGAAUGAAUCGUGUAUUGUCCACACCUGUGUCUGAGUUAAUGAAUGAAUUGUGUAUUGUCCACACCUGUCUCUGAGUUAAUGAAUGAAUCGUGUAUUGUCCACACCUGUCUCUGAGUUAAUGAAUGAAUAGUGUAUUGUCCACACCUGUCUCUGAGUUAAGGAAUGAAUCGUGUAUUGUCCACACCUGUCUCUGAGUUAAUGAAUGAAUAGUGUAUUGUCCACACUUGUCUCUGAGUUAAUGAAUGAAUUGUGUAUUGUCCACACCUGUCUCUGAGUUAAUGAAUGAAUAGUGUAUUGUCCACACCUGUCUCUGAGUUAAUGAAAUACUGGAGAUAUGAUCCAUUAAAUAAGCAAUAGUCCAUUUCCACCCUGACAAUCUUCUAUCAAAACAUUUCACUUCCGUAUUGUCAAAAUUAUAGCACUAUGUUUAUCUACUCUUCUGGAAUCGUGAGCAUUUCCUGUGAUUUGAUUGGUCUACCUCCCGUGAUGGUGACCAAUGCCCUCCCACCGUUCCACCUUGGCCACUGUACUGUGGUGAAACAGGAAGUUAGUGGGUCUUUGUAUCGACUGAGAGGGGCUUACACCACAGUAGAUAGAUGUCAGGUCUGAGAGACACCCUGAAACACAGAGUCAUGGAGCUCAGCUCAGCUUACGCCCUUUUAAUCCUCUGUUGGGGCGAGGAGCACAAUCUGUCAUGGAGACACACACACGUGUGUGCGUGUGUUGAACAUGAAACACGCCACUGAAGCCAUGAAUAGUGCCAGAUCCCCAGUUGUUUCUCUCUGACCUGUGUUGUUAAGGCCGUGUGCCAGGUGUUAUGCCCAGCGAAGGGCAAGGCUCUGAUCUAACACACAACUCCCAGCGUCUCAAAAACAAAAUCUCUCUCUUCUUCUAUUAAAACUUCUUAAGGAUCUGACAGUUUUUUAUUUAUUUUUAACUGUUUUUUUUUGCCUGAAAUGACGUACCCAAAUCUAACUGCCUGUAGCUCAGGUCCUGAAGUAAGGAUAUGUUGAUUCUUGAUACCAUUUCAAAGGAAACACUUUGAAGUCUCAAAAAAGCUGUUUCCCUCCUCUAUUAAGAGCACCGUGAGUUAAGACACGGGACGUUGAGAUGGAAACUGAGAUUUAAUAACAGCACCUGAUUAAAAAAAGGCUUUUUAUUCUGAGGGAGGGAGGACCUGUUGGUCCCUCCAUUAAAGAGACUGUCAACGGUCAGACUGAACCCAUAACUAACGCCAGAGCUGUGAAAAUAGAUUUAAAGCUGUUCAAUCUGAUGGCUAUCGAGUAGCGCCAUCUAUUGACCGCAGAAAGUAUAGCACCAAGUAAUGUCUAUUAUAAUGGUUGUGUCUGUCAGAAACCGAAUUCCAUCCUUCCUUUGGCUUGUUUCCUAUUGUCUUAAUCUUACCAGUUUGUCUGGAGGGGGAGAAGAUGGUGGCCCUUCCCACUUCCUCACCUAGCGAGGGUUUAUUUCAAUCAAUGAAGAGAGAUCAUAUGAUGCAGUCGAUCAAGUCUUGUCGUUGAGAUAUAGCCUCAGCAAGAGACAGAGACGGGUUACUGAAGAAAUAGAGGAGUGUUCAUCAGAUGACAUGUUUUUGUUGUUGUUGUUGUUGUUUUUCUUCACAUCUCCUGGCAGAAAUGUGGUCAAAUCCUGUUCUCUGUGCCGUUAUAUAGAGGCUUUCAUCAUGUGGUCUGUCCAACACAGUGAUGAGAGCUGUGUGUCUCGCUGGCUGAUUCACGCUCUUUCACUUCUGAAUCGCCCCCUCUUUUCUAUCGCUUUUAAUAAAUCAUCCUUUCUGGUUCAGGGAUGGAAUGUCAGUUUUAAAUAAAUCAUCCAUUCUGGUCUCGGAAUGGUAUGUCAGUUUUAAAUGAAUCAUCCAUUCUGGUUCCGGGAUGGAAUGUCUGUUUUAAAUAAAUCAUCCAUUCUCGUUCCAGGAUUGGAAUGUCAGUUUUAAAUAAAUCAUCCAUUCUGGUUCUGGAAUGGAAUGUCAGUUUUAAAUAAAUCAUCCAUUCUGGUUCUGGAAUGGAAUGUCAGUUUUAAAUAAAUCAUCCAUUCUGGUUCCGGAAUGGUAUGUUAGUUUUAAAUAAAUCAUCCAUUCUGGUUCCGGAAUGGAAUGUCAGUUUUAAAUAAAUAAUCCAUUCUGGUUCUGGAAUGGAAUGUCAGUUGAGUCGAUCAGUAUAUUCUGUCGCACUUAUUUGUAAAAUGGCAGAAACUCUCAGCCUCUUACUUCUAACGUUUUAUUUGUAAUUGAAAUCUACAGUCCAGGCUAUACGUCAUCAGAAGCAAUGCUUUGCACUAUCUAACCCACCUGGUUCCUACUGGGUAUGAUGACGCGUUGAUGAACACUCAGGGACAAUAGGAACUACAUUAUUAGAGGCCCUAUAAGCAAUACUAUCUUAAAUAAAUCAUGAUUUACACGAAGAAAAUACAUUGUUGUUGUUUUAGUAGAAAGCUAUUUUUUGUUGCUUUAGGGCUCAGAUUGAAUCUGUAGCGCUGAAGAUCCCCGCUAUACCAGGAUUCACAUUUAAGGGCAACGUUCCUGUGUUUUGUCAGAGUGCCAAUAUCACAAGGAUCUUCAGCGCUACGGAUUGAAUCCACCCCUCUCUUCAGUUGGUUUGUUAAAGUGGCCCCUCUUAAACAUUUCCCAUCAUUGUGUUUACACCUACUGUGUGUGUGUGUGUGUGUGUGUGUGUGUGUGUGUGUGUGUGUGUGUGUGUGUGUGUGUGUGUGUGUGUGUGUGUGUGUGUGUGUGUGUGUGUGUGUGUGUGUACAUCUAUGUGGCUACAUAAUAUUGUUGUCUUAGACACCCCAGGUUUUAUUAGUGAAGGAUACCGUGAUCAACUAGAGAGUUUUAUUAGUGUAGGAUAUCGUGGUCAACUAGAGAGGUUUUAUUAGUGAAGGAUACCGUGGUCAGUUGGAGAGGUUUUAUUAGUGAAGGAUACCGUGGUCAACUGGAGAGGUUUUAUUAGUGAAGGAUACCGUGGUCAACUAGAGAGGUUUUAUUAGUGAAGGAUAUCGUUGUCAGUUGGAGAGGUUUUAUUAGUGAAGGAUACCGUGGUCAACUGGAGAGGUUUUAUUAGUGAAGGAUACCGUGGUCAACUAGAGAGGUUUUAUUAGUGAAGGAUACCGUGGUCAGUUUGAAAGGUUUAUUAGUGAAGGAUACCGUGGUCAGUUGGAAAGGUUUAUUAGUGAAGAAUACCGUGAUCAACUGGAGAGGUUUUAUUAGUGAAGGAUACCGUGAUCAACUAGAGAGGUUUAUUAGUGAAGGAUACCGUGAUCAACUAGAGAGUUUUAUUAGUGUAGGAUAUCGUGGUCAACUAGAGAGGUUUUAUUAGUGAAGGAUACCGUGGUCAACUAGAGAGGUUUUAUUAGUGAAGGAUAUCGUUGUCAGUUGGAGAGGUUUUAUUAGUGAAGGAUACCGUGGUCAACUCGAGGUUUUAUUAGUGAAGGAUAUCGUGGUCAGUUGGAGAGGUUUUAUUAGUGAAGGAUACCGUGGUCACCUGGAGAGGUUUUAUUAGUGAAGGAUACCGUGGUCAACUAGAGAGGUUUUAUUAGUGAAGGAUAUCGUUGUCAGUUGGAGAGGUUUUAUUAGUGAAGGAUACCGUGGUCAACUGGAGAGGUUUUAUUAGUGAAGGAUACCGUGGUCAACUAGAGAGGUUUUAUUAGUGAAGGAUACCGUGGUCAGUUUGAAAGGUUUAUUAGUGAAGGAUACCGUGGUCAGUUGGAAAGGUUUAUUAGUGAAGAAUACCGUGAUCAACUGGAGAGGUUUUAUUAGUGAAGGAUACCGUGAUCAACUAGAGAGGUUUAUUAGUGAAGGAUACCGUGAUCAACUAGAGAGGUUUUAUUAGUGAAGGAUAUCGUGAUCAGCUGGAGAGGUUUAUUAGUGAAGGAUAUCGUGAUCAGCUGGAGAGGUUUUAUUAGUGAAGGAUACCGUGAUCAACUAGAGAGGUUUAUUAGUGAAGGAUAUCGUGGUCAGCUGGAGAGGUUUUAUUAGUGAAGGUAUACCGUGGUCAGUUGGAGAGGUUUAUUAGUGAAGGAUACCGUGGUCAGUUGGAGAGGUUUAUUAGUGAAGGAUACCGUGGUCAGUUGGAGAGGUUUUAUUAGUGAAGGAUACCGUGGUCAACUCUGUCUAUACAGACCAAGUGAGAGCGACAUACUGCUAUAGACUCUGUCUAUACAGACCAAGUGAGAGCGACAUACUGCUAUAGACUCUGUCUAUACAGACCAAGUGAGAGCGACAUACUGCUAUAGACUCUUUAUAUACAGACCAAGUGAGAGCGACAUACUGCUAUAGACUCUGUCUAUACAGACCAAGUGAGAGCGACAUACUGCUAUAGACUCUGUCUAUACGGACCAAGUGAGAGCGACAUACUGCUAUAGACUCUGUCUAUACGGACCAAGUGAGAGCGACAUACUGCUAUAGACUCUGUCUAUACGGACCAAGUGAGAGCGACAUACUGCUAUAGACUCUGUCUAUACGGACCAAGUGAGAGCGACAUACUGCUAUAGACUCUGUGUAGAUGUUGGAACAUUGCUGCGGGUACUUGCUUCCAUUUAGGUUUUUAGUUGGGUAGAUAAGUAGAAUGUGGGAUUGUUUCAGUUGUUCUUCAGGCGUGUGAUGCUCGGUUCCUUCAGUGAGCAAGCCCUUGGGUUCUAGACCGUUCUAGACUAAGCCACCUUGUUGGUUCCAUAGUGUACCAAAGGGUUCUAGAUGUUUAAACUAAGUGAUUAUUAUUCCCAGCUGGUACCUGUAUCAGUGUGCCAGCCUUGGGGUGGGGGGGACUUUAUUUACUUUAUUUGUAAAUGUCACGUUGUUAGAGGAUGAAACUGUUUUAUACAUUAAAUUAAAAACGUGUUUGUUGAAAUUAUUUUUUAUUAAUUUUGUUUUUAUUUUAACCUGUGUAAAGACGUGAUUGUGAAAGUCAUUUGGUUGGAGCCGAAGUAUUGGACUGACUGUCUAACUCAUCAGACCUGACCAACAUGGCUGGUUACUGGACUGUCUAUAACUCAUCAGACCUGACCAACAUGGCUGGUUACUGGACUGUCUAUAACUCAUCAGACCUGACCAACAUGGCUGGUUACUGGACUGACUAUAUAACUCAUCAGACCUGACCAACAUGGCUGGUUACUGGACUGUCUAUCUAACUCAUCAGACCUGACCAACAUGGCUGGUUACUGGACUGACUAUCUAACUCAUCAGACCUGACCAACAUGGCUGGUUACUGGACUGUCUAUCUAACACAUCAGACCUGACCAACAUGGCUGGUUACUGGACUGUCUAUCUAACUCAUCAGACCUGACCAACAUGGCUGGUUACUGGACUGUCUAUCUAACUCAUCAGACCUGACCAACAUGGCUGGUUACUGGACUGUCUAUAACUCAUCAGACCUGACCAACAUGGCUGGUUACUGGACUGUCUAUAACUCAUCAGACCUGACCAACAUGGCUGGUUACUGGACUGACUAACUCAUCAGACCUGACCAACAUGGCUGGUUAUUGGACUGUCUAUAACUCAUCAGACCUGACCAACAUGGCUGGUUACUGGACUGUCUAUAACUCCUCAGACCUGACCAACAUGGCUGGUUACUGGACUGACUAACUCAUCAGACCUGACCAACAUGGCUGGUUAUUGGACUGUCUAUAACUCAUCAGACCUGACCAACAUGGCUGGUUACUGGACUGUCUAUAACUCAUCAGACCUGACCAACAUGGCUGAUUACUGGACUGACUAUCUAACUCAUCAGACCUGACCAACAUGGCUGGUUACUGGACUGUCUAUAACUCAUCAGACCUGACCAACAUGGCUGGUUACUGGACUGUCUAUAACUCAUCAGACCUGACCAACAUGGUUGGUUACUGGAGUGUCUAUAACUCAUCAGACCUGACCAACAUGGCUGGUUACUAGACUGUCUAUAACUCAUCAGACCUGACCAACAUGGCUGGUUACUGGACUGACUAUAACUCAUCAGACCCGACCAACAUGGCUGGUUACUGGACUGUCUAUAACUCAUCAGACCAGACCAACAUGGCUGGUUACUGGACUGUUUAUAACUCAUCAGACCUGACCAACAUGGCUGGUUACUGGACUGUCUAUAACUCAUCAGACCUGACCAACAUGGCUGGUUACUGGACCGUCUAUCUAACUCAUCAGACCUGACCAACAUGGCUGGUUACUGGACUGUCUAUCUAACUCAUCAGACCUGACCAACAUGGCUGGUUACUGGACUGUCUAUCUAACUCAUCAGACCUGACCAACAUGGCUGGUUACUGGACUGUCUAUCUAACUCAUCAGACCUGACCAACAUGGCUGGUUACUAGACUGUCUAUCUAACUCAUCAGACCUGACCAACAUGGCUGGUUACUGGACUGACUAUCUAACUCAUCAGACCUGACCAACAUGGCUGGUUACUGGACUGUCUAUAACUCAUCAGACCUGACCAACAUGGCUGGUUACUGGACUGACUAUAACUCAUCAGACCUGACCAACAUGGCUGGUUACUGGACUGUCUAUCUAACUCAUCAGACCUGAGCAACAUGGCUGGUUACUGGACUGUCUAUCUAACUCAUCAGAGCUGACCAACAUGGCUGGUUACUGAACUGUCUAUCUAACUCAUCAGACCUGACCAACAUGGCUGGUUACUGGACUGACUAUAACUCAUCAGACCUGACCAACAUGGCUGGUUACUGGACUGUCUAUAACUCAUCAAACCUGACCAACAUGGCUGGUUACUGGACUGACUAUCUAACUCAUCAGACCUGACCAACAUGGCUGGUUACUGGACUGUCUAUAACUCAUCAGACCUGACCAACAUGGCUGGUUACUGGACUGUCUAUAACUCAUCAGACCUGACCAACAUGGCUGGUUACUGGACUGACUAUCUAACUCAUCAGACCAGACCAACAUGGCUGGUAACUGGACUGACUAUAACUCAUCAGACCUGACCAACAUGGCUGGUUACUGGACUGACUAUCUAACUCAUCAGACCAGACCAACAUGGCUGGUAACUGGACUGUCUAUAACUCAUCAGACCUGACCAACAUGGCUGGUUACUGGACUGUCUAUAACUCAUCAGACCUGACCAACAUGGCUGGUUACUGGACUGACUGUCUAUAACUCAUCAGACCUGACCAACAUGGCUGGUUACUGGACUGACUAUAACUCAUCAGACCUGACCAACAUGGCUGGUUACUGGACUGUCUAUAACUCAUCAGACCUGACCAACAUGGCUGGUUACUGGGCUGUCUAUAACUCAUCAGACCUGACCAACAUGGCUGGUUACUGGACUGACUAUCUAACUCAUCAGACCUGACCAACAUGGCUGGUUACUGGACUGUCUAUAACUCAUCAGACCUGACCAACAUGGCUGGUUACUGGACUGUCUAUAACUCAUCAGACCUGACCAACAUGGCUGGUUACUGGACUGUCUAUAACUCAUCAGACCUGACCAACAUGGCUGGUUACUGGACUGACUAUCUAACUCAUCAGACCUGACCAACAUGGCUGGUUACUAGACUGUCUAUAACUCAUCAGACCUGACCAACAUGGCUGGUUACUGGACUGUCUAUAACUCAUCAGACCUGACCAACAUGGCUGGUUACUGGACUGACUAUAACUCAUCAGACCUGACCAACAUGGCUGGUUACUGGACUGACUAUCUAACUCAUCAGACCUGACCAACAUGGCUGGUUACUGGACUGACUAUAACUCAUCAGACCUGACCAACAUGGCUGGUUACUGGACUGUCUAUAACUCAUCAGACCUGACCAACAUGGCUGGUUACUGGACUGACUGUCUAACUCAUCAGACCUGACCAACAUGGCUGGUUACUUUACUGUCUAUAACUCAUCAGACCUGACCAACAUGGCUGGUUACUGGACUGUCUAUAACUCAUCAGACCUGACCAACAUGGCUGGUUACUGGACUGUCUAUAACUCAUCAGACCUGACCAACAUGGCUGGUUACUGGACUGUCUAUAACUCAUCAGACCUGACCAACAUGGCUGGUUACUGGACUGUCUAUAACUCAUCAGACCUGACCAACAUGGCUGGUUACUGGACUGUCUAUCUAACUCAUCAGACCUGACCAACAUGGCUGGUUACUGGACUGUCUAUAACUCAUCAGACCUGACCAACAUGGCUGGUUACUGGACUGUCUAUAACUCAUCAGACCUGACCAACAUGGCUGGUUACUGGACUGACUAUAACUCAUCAGACCUGACCAACAUGGCUGGUUUAUAUCAAUCACAAUGACAUGUCAGGAAUAUAGGAACUCUAUGGUCUCGUAGAAAGAGCAUCACAAGAUGAGUCUCAUUGCUCAAAACAAAAAUCAGGACAAUAAGUAUUGAGCUGUUCCAUUCUGAGUGAUGCGCUUCCUGUUCUACAGCCUCUACUGUAUUUAGUGGAAUGUGAGCUUUGAAAACGGUUCAUUAAACUCAGUCCUGCUAUUGAGUCUGGAGGCCAUAGUGUCCUAUACAGCAACAACAAAAAAUGUAUAACCAUUCAGACUGAAUACUCAAUUGCUAUCUUCAAAACACUGCUAUGACAUCAAAUCGGAUCACUCUGGCUGUUCAUAGUUAUUUAAUGACUGUGUUGCUAGCCAGGGCUGUACGAUUAAAAUGAUAGACAAUCUAUUUCAAUGUUGUUGUUUUUUUUUCUAAGAUGGAUUACAUGCGUGUUUUAGUUCCUUUACAAUAACGAGUCUUCACAUGUUUGAUGGAGAAAUGAACAUAGAACACAAUCUAAUCCUUGUUAAUAAUUAAAUAAAAAUGUUUUAAAAAAUCAGUUGUUUUUUUAAACUGAAGAACCAGCUACAGCACAGUGAAGGGGGGGAGGGUUAUGUUUUGAUGGUACAUAUUAUGCUACUGAUCUUUAAGAUAAUGACGUACAGACUUUUUUUGUUUUUUUAAUCCAGAUCUUUUAAACCCUCUUCAGUUGUCUUCACAAACAUCAACCUUGUUUCUUUGUCUGAGUCAUGAAUAAUAUAUUGUAAGUCUUUUUGGAAUCUUUUUUUUUUUUUUGUAAAUACAAAACUAUAAAAGAAAAAAUAAUACAUGUAAAGUUGUUUUUUUUAAUUACUUUUCAUUCUAAUAUGAUGAAUAUUGUUAUAUUGCACUUAAGAAAACAAACCUGUACCUUUUUAAUAUUGUGACCUUUUAUUAAAAGUGCAUUUGACACAGCAGUUCUCGGGGUGUGUAAUGUGUGGUUGUCCCAGAAUUAAAAUGGCAGCUUUGAGAGAAGCUAGCAAUCA